AUGGCUCAAGGCUCAUUGAAGAAGAAGCAGCCCUCAUCCGCGACGGCAAAGCGGUCCUCGCUCCUCGCGUCCAGAACUAAGCCUGGUCCCAGACAGGUUGCGCCGAAGAAGGCUUUGCUGGUGAAGGCUGCUAAGUUGAACAAGAAACUUUGCUCUGGUCUUGUUGGAAAGACGGAGCGCAGUCUUGCGACUAAGGCUGGUCACUUGGAGUUGUUGGCUGGUGGAAAGAAGGACAGACUUGUUAAGGAGCGGGAGAAGGCCAAGAACAAGAAUGUGCACGGAAAGAAAUAA